AUGUAUAUUAAGAUCGAGACUAUGCGGCUUGACUGGUACUCAAAGCCAGAAAAUCAGAAGGUCAUCCGCGCUGACAUGUACCAGGGUCUUGUUGACACCGUCGUUGCCGGUGAGUCACGCGGUGAUCGAAUUGGCAAAAGAAUCGUGCUUCCACGGACAUUUCCUGGUGGUGAUCGUGACAUGCAGCGGAGGUUCUUGAAUGCUAUGGCAAUAGUGCAGCGGUCGGGUAAACCCGAUUAUUUUAUCACGAUGACUUGCAAUCCAUAUUGGGAGGAGAUAACCGAGGAACUGUUGCCUGGACAAAUGCCGCAGGACCGUCCAGACCUGGUUGCAAGACUUCAUUUGCCAAAUAUGCAUACAGUUGCAUUUAAAGCUUGUGAAAAUGUGGAAGAUGUUGUAGCACGACCGUCUUCUUCCAAGUCCAUGCUUACAGAAUACUUUGAGAUGAACCGGAAGUUUCCAGUAGCACGGAACUUAUUGUACAGAGAGUUUCCAGAACAUUACAGAUGGAUACCUGAAAAAAAAGUGGCAGAAUAG